AUGAUGGUGCCACAACAAGAGUUAAUUUGUUCUUUGGAGUUGGAAUGUUCUAGAAAUUUUGGUUCUAGCAAAUAUAGUUUCUACUACCCAAUUCAGUUGGAUAACUUUUUGGUUACCUGCUGGAAAACUUCGACAGCCAGUGCCGGUGCAAUGAUUGGCAAGAAUGGAACCAGCAAUUCAUUUACCUCUCCACUAAAGUCAAUUGAUAGUAGUGUCCACCAACAAGAGCCAACUAGUGGCGGAGACCGUUACUGCUGUACCAUCUACGAAGAUGGAUACAUCAUUCAUCCAACUAUCGAUAAGCGUAUGAAGAGUUUCCCAUGGGCCAAGUCAUUCUCAAAGAAGAAAGAUUUCUCAAAGGAGGAAUUGGAAAUUUUAUUAAGUGACCUUUAUUCUGCCAAUACUUUAAAAAAAUAA